AUGAAUUUGUCUGUCAACCUGCUCUUGAUUGUGGUUCUGCUGCUUUUUUGUUCCAGUGACGUGGUUUCAAUCGCUGCGACGCCAGAGAACUCGUCCUUUCGUUCGGCUCCUUCUACUGAUGUUAAUGCACGUAAAGACGCCCGAUCACUGCGAGCGCUAAACUCGGCUGGCUUCAGCCAGCUGAUCAAUUCACUCACCACAAAAGUGAAGUCAUUCAUUCCAAGGACGGCUGCAUACGCUGCAGCGAAGCAGGCAAGAGCUAACAAAGCGGCAGCCGCACAGAAAGCUCGAAUUGAGCAACAAUCAAAAGACGACCAGGCGGCGCUCUUGAAAAUGGGCUUAAGUCGCUUCGAUCAAGAUGUUGACUCGGCGAUGUUGAAACUCCGCAGCCAGGAUUUCAGACGUGACGGCUAUUUUUUUUUUAAUCCUUUAUAA